GUGGUGAAGGAUUCUUCCAUGACCGCAAUCCUGAUGAAACACGUGAUCUAAUUGAGAGAGUCCUUGCAUCAGAAGCUGCACGACAAGAUGAAGAAAGGCGAAAUACUCGUUCUGGUCCUACUGUAACUGGUAAGAGUAAGCGAAAACAGAAAAGGAAACAAGACAUAGUGGAAACGUUAACAAAAAAGGGUGAAACAAAAUCUGACGUCUAUAAACGCCUUGAACAGAGGUUAAAGAAGGCAGAAGACACAGAUUCAAGUGAUUUUUAUUUUUCACUUUGGGAUUUUGGGGGUCAGUCAGUCUACCAUAUUACGCAUCAGGUCUUUUUGGCGUACAGGGUAAUUUACAUUUUUGUAACUGAUCUUACAAAGGGACUUGAGGAUAUUUUAGAACUGGAGCCCCAAGCUCAGACAGAAAGAUGUUGGAAAAAAGAUAUGCCAUUGCAAGACUACAUGCGUUUCUGGACAAAUUCAAUUCAUACCCAUGCAAUGAGGGAUUUUGCUAUAAAGGCACAUGGACAAGACGAAAGUGGAAAACACACCAUUGUUGCACCACCAGUUAUAAUUGCAGGUACAAAGAAAGAUUUACUUGAAGGGGAUGUCGAAAAGGAGAGCCAACGCCGUCUAUGUAAAUUGAGAGACUAUCUCAGACAACAUACAACAUCAGCAUGUGAGAGUCACAUUACUAUGCCAAUGUUUGCUCUUGAUAAUAAGUCAAGACAUAACGAUAAGACGACUGAUCCAUCGAUAGAAAGCCUCCGAAAACGGAUACAGGAACUAGCUAAGGAAUUUUGCUUUCUCGGUGACAUUCCUGUCAAUUGGCUAAUACUAGAGCUAACUCUUAGAUCCGAAGAGAAGGAGACACUGCAAUUAUCCGAAGUACACAGAUUAGGCAAAGAAAGGGAUCUGUCCACUGCAGAGAUUAACGAUGCGUUGAAGUACUUCCACGAUGUUGGAGAGAUCAUUCACUUUGCUGAUGUCCGUGAACUUAAAGAUACUGUAAUCAUUGAUCCACGAUGGUUGAUAAACUUAUUCAGAUUGUUAAUUACAAAUACAGUUUCAAACAAGACUAAUCCUGAGCUAUCUUUCGAACUGCUGAAUAUGUUUGAUGAACUAUACAACGACGGAAUAAUGAAGAAGGAGUUAGUUUCACAGUGGCUCAAAAUGCAUAAUCGUGAACAGGAUACAGAUAUUCUCUUGAAAGUUCUUGAAAUGUUUGAUAUUAUUUGUCAGUCCACUCUAAAAAUCGACGAAUACUACUUCCCGUGCCUACUGCAAAGCAAGCUACAGGAAAACGUGCUGUUCCCUCCAGAGUAUAAGUCCAGUGACCCGUUAUAUUUUCAUUUUCAUGGUAACUUUUUACCGGAAGGAUUAUACUACCGUCUGAUUGUUCGUUGUUUAAGAAAUCAUCCGAAAGCCAAGCUAUUCCAGGAUCAUGCUCGUUUUAUUCAUAACGAGUCUAACGACCACCACUUUACUCUGUGUAGAAAGGGAGCGGACAUAGAAUUAAAGAUGUUACGAUCACAUUGGCGAAUAAUUCAACAUCUUGAUGAGAAGGUACGACAAGAAGUGGAAACCUCCCUUAAUGAGUUAAUUAAGAUGUACACACCGGGUUUGACGUAUCACAUAUGCGUAAAGUGUGGUUGUGGUGGCCACAGGGAUGGUAUAUGGCUACGGAAAUCUAAGGACUUUGAUGAUGGAUGUACAGAUAUCACCCCCGUAUUGGAUCAAGGUGUUAAACAAUUACAUUGUGAACGGAAUAAGAUGCUGGUAAACGUGACCGCAAUUUCUUACUGGUAUAAAGAAUCAAAGCAGUCACCAAUAAGAACAUUUGAAGAGAUCGUCCACUUAUUCUGUUACCUAGAUUCACAGCUAGAUUCAG